ACAAGUUGUAACACCAGAGUCAGUGUUACAGCCUUGUGAUACUUCAAGACUUGAACAAGGAUCUUUGCUGGAAUGGUAGACUAGUAAGACAGCGGAAGUCUUAGAACUUACAUCGCAUGACUCAGCACUGUGUUUCGGACUCACAAACGCCCCUCACAACUUUCCAAAUGACCAUGAGCCAGAUCUUUAGCCCGCUUGUAGAUAAAUGUGUUAUAGUUAACCUUGAUGACAUCCUGAUUUACAGUGAGACCCGGGCGCAUCACUUAAAGGAUCUCGAAGCAGUUUUCACGCUACUCCGGGAGCACCGGCUGCUCACGAAGGGGUAUGAGUGCAAUUUUUUAGAAUAUCGGUUAGAGUUUUUAGGCCAUGUUAUCUCCACCAAGGGCGUUGAAGUGGAUCCGCGUAAGAUCGAGACAGUGCAGACCUGGCUACCGUCUUCGAACCUACUGCAGCUGCAGAGUUUUUUAGGGUUCGUAAAUUACGUUCAGAGACCAAAUAUGGUGGGGGUAACUGCAUUGUUGACUGAGCUGAUGCGGAAAGGGACUAAGUAUAAAAAGGGGGAGAAGGAGCAAUCUGCCUUCUCUGAGCUCAGUCCCUAUCCUUCGCAUUGCCAAUCCCCACCAUUUAUUCGAAAGCAGACAGGGAAAAAAGGAAUAGGUACAGGGAGAGGGAUAACGUAAAGAGGGAGACUAAUAAGGAGAGGUCCGUCAAGGAGAGACGCGACGACAGUAGAGUUGUUGCGAAGGGAAAAGACGCGACAACGAAUAGAGGUGCGACGACGAACAUAGGUGCGGCGAGGAGACGAGAGGCGGCGACGAACAUAGGUACGGCGAGGGGACGACAGGCGGCGACAAACAUAGGUGCGGUGAGGGAACGAGAGGCGGCGACGAACAUACUAGGUGGAGAAGAGAAUGUGGGUGACGAUGAGAGGUGCAGAGAGGCGAUGCGGUGAAUUGAGGAAACACCGAGCGCCGAGGAGAUGAGGUGUGGCGACGCCCAUCACUGCCGCCACAAGGCACCACUCCCAUCCCUCACCCAUGGGACCUUUCAACUCUCCCAUCCCACACAUUUCCCACCAUUCGCCCAUGCCAUCCUGCACCGAUUCCCCCAGUGGCCCCCAAUCCCCCCUCUAAAGUCAC